GUCCACUUGACGGACCGUUAGAAAUACGACUGCGACAACAGUAAAAAAAAAACGGAACGGAUUUCAGAUAAGAGUUUACUAUGUCGCCGAUCGAUUUUGAAAAGCGAAACUGCCCGCGAGGCGAUGCCACUUAAAACCCGGAUUUAAGAGCGCUCAAUGGAAUUGACCGAGAGCAGCUAUUAAUAUCGGUAGAUAUGAAUGCCCGUGAACGGGACCCCUUCGUGCCUCGGCUUGUCUCAGUCUCGCCGAUUCCGUCUCAUGUUAAACGGCUGAAAAAAUGAGCGUCGCCCGGCUUCCUGGAUCGAUGCUUUCUCACGGGUCUUGAUAUGAAAUAUCAGAUGUUCCACUGGCUCUGCCUGCUGAGCCUGAGCUUGAGCCUCCCUCUGUUGUUCUGGUUUGGACACGUGAUGACGCGCGCGGGUCUGUCGCUCGGUCUGCGCAGGGGGGGGCUCGGGGGUUACCUGAGGAUCAGCCCGGCCGGGGUGGACCAGUUGCUCCACAUGCACUGCAGCCAGUGUGCCUUGGUCUCCAGCUCAGGUCAGAUGCUCGCAGCCGGCGUAGGAGAAGAGAUUGACAAAGUCGGAUGCGUGAUCCGGAUGAACAAUGCGCCCACACAAGGGUACGAGAAAGACGUCGGGAGCCGCACCAGCGUCCGGGUUGUCUCUCACACAAGUGUUCCCUUGUUGGUAAAAAACGAGCGCUACUAUUUCCAGCAGUCGGCAGACACCACAUACGUGUUCUGGGGUCCUGAGAGGAACAUGAGGCAGGACGGGAAAGGACACGUCUUCAAUGCUCUCUGGAAAAUAGCCGAGAAGUACCCAAAAGUCCAAAUCUACGCGGUGACCACAGAGAAGAUGCAGUACUGCGAUGGUCUGUUUCAGAAUGAAACAGGAAAAAACAGAAUGAAGACGGGGGCGUUUCUCAGCACUGGAUUUUUCACAAUGAUCCUCGCUAUAGACCUGUGUGACAGCAUCCGUGUGUAUGGAAUGAUCGACGACAACCACUGCAGCCGAGCCAACCACAGCGCCGUUCCUUACCAUUACUACGAGAGGAACCGGGUCGACGAGUGCAGGAUGUACAGGUUCCACGAGCACACGCAGCGGGGGGGCCAUCGCUUCAUCACGGAGAAGGCCAUAUACGCUAAGUGGGCUACACGCCACAAGAUGGAGUUCAAACACCCCUCGUGGAGCCUCUGAAAAAGGAGAAGUUUUUGUUUUAUCUGCAGUCUAAAGUACUUUCAGGGGGAAACGUGCACUUUCAGUAAUAUGAACACUUUCACUGUAAUGUCUGAAUGCUGGUGAGCCAUAAGCCACUAAACUAGGAACUGAUUUCAGUUUAUACCAAAGCUUAGGACAUUUUUAUUUCAUCGCCGUGCCUUGACUUUUGUUCUUAUUUUGCACAAUAGAACAUGUAAUCAAGAACAAUGUAUUGCUGUAAUCAGGUCUGCAGCUGCAAUAUGCUCAUUUAUUAUGAUUACUUACUUAAUGAUUAAUUACUGGCAUUUUUUUUCUGUAUUAAUUAGUUUAUCAUUUUUUCUAGUUUUGCAGGAAAAGUAGUAAAAAAUGUUUUUUAAAUGACAUACCAGUAACAUGGAACUGAAUUUGGUGUAUAUACUAUUUAUUACUUGUUUUGUCCAACCAUUACCUAAAGUUAUUACAUUUACAAACAGGAAAUAAUCACAUUUGAGAAGCUGAGUCCAGUAUUAUUAUUUUUGGUGCAUUUUUGCAUAAAGCCCGACUUCAAAAAUGAAUCGAUUACCAAAACUGUUCAACUGUUUUUGUUUCAGAUUAUUUUCCCUGAUUGUAACCAGUUACAGUGUUGUAAUGCUUGAAGUAGUAGUCCAGAUGUUGCCGUUGGGAGUGCCAAUGAACUCGAGGAGAGAUCAUGCAGUUUGUGGUUUUGGUGACAUGUAAAUGUACGUUUGUCGUGUACACCGAGCACAGAGAAGAACGUGUUAAAACGGGACUGCAGAUGGUCGACAAACCAUAAUCCACUGACAUGGCGCCCAUAGCUUCACUGCCGAUCAGUGGACAGCAAACACAGUGUUACAAACAACGAGCAUGAUGGGACGGAUGUUUGUUGUCUUGCUUUAAACACUGAAACGUUGUAUUUUUGCUGCUUGUUGUUACUGAAAAAACAUAAUGCUGCCUUACUAGUCGCACAAUGCUUAUUUUGUGACGAAUUCCAAAGACUGUAAUGGUAAUCGUGCUACCGAGCAAGCUACUGUGUCAAAGUGUUUCACUGUCAUUCACACUUCAGACUGGAAUUGUCUUAAUUAAAACAUGUAAUCAGUGA